AUUUUACAUACAUCUUUUACAACUUACAUAUUGGAAAAUAAUGUUUCGUAGAACUAUUGUUAGGUUUCAAAAAACAACAACUACGGCAUUUAGAAGAGCUUAUGCUUCAACUCCUGAGCAUUCGGUCAAUAACUCAUCUGCACACAAGUUAGCCGAAGAAGCAUUAGCUCAAAAAAUAGGUUCUAAAGGUAAAGCUACUUUACCUAAGGGUGAUAAAAAGCCUAUCAAAGCAAAAGGUGAAAAGGACAAUAACUACAAAGAGAUGGCUAUAACUGCAGGUGUAUUUACAGGUCUUGGUCUUGGUGGUUUAUUUUAUUAUGGUCGACCUUUUGAGGAUGAUAGAGAAGACAAAUAUGUAAAUGAAAAUGGACUUGUUGCUGCUUAUAAACGCUGUGCUGAUCGUUUUAAGGAAUUCAAAGAGGGAAUGAAUGAACCCAUGUGGGACAAACUUCUUCCAGAGCCUCUUCCAGAGCCAUAUCGUCGUAAUUACACAUUAGUAAUUAAUUUGGAUGAAACUCUUGUUUAUUCUACUUGGGAUAAAGAACAUGGUUGGCGUCAUGCUAAAAGACCCGGUGUUGAUUAUUUCUUAGCAUAUCUUUCACAGUUCUAUGAAAUUGUUAUUUUCACCUCUCAGUCAUCUAUGAAUGCUAUGCCAAUUUUGGAUAAGCUUGAUCCUUACCAGUAUGCUAUGUAUAGACUUUAUCGUGAGGGUACCCGAUAUGUAAAUGGAAAAUAUGUGAAAGAUUUAUCCCAUUUAAACCGUGAUUUGAGUAAAGUUAUCAUUAUGGAUUCUAAUCCUGAUUCUUUCUCUUUACAACCUGAAAAUGGCAUUGCAUUGAAGCCUUGGAAAGGUGAACCAAAAGACCAAGGUCUUCUAGAAUAUAUUCCAUUCUUAGAAGCUAUUGCCUUAACGAAUCCCGACGAUGUUAGACCAGUUUUAAAGAGUUUUGACGGUAAAUAUAUUCCUGUAGAAUGGGCAAGACGCGAAGAAGAAAUGAAUAAAAUGCAUCGUUUACAAUGGGAACAAGAGCAGGCAAAAAAGAAAACCUCCCGUAAUCUGGGAUCAAUUUUGGGUGGUGGAGCCUCUGCACAAGUUGAGGGACCACCUCCAACUUAUUUACAACAAAUGAGAAAGCAUGUUAGAGAAACAUUUGCUACUGAGUUUGAGCAACAAAAGAAGAUGCAAGAAGAAGCUAUGGCACAGGAUAUGGAAAAACAAAUGCAAAUGAUGAAAGAGAUGAAAAUGUCUGUUUGGGACUUAAUGACACAAGCAGCUUCAGGGCAACCUAUUAUUCCUCCACCUAAUGCUGGACAAUCUCCACAAAAUACUCAACAAUAAAGGGGGUUUUUUUCUUGAUAAUGUAUAUAAUAGUACAUGUAAUAAUUAUACAUAAAAUUACUGCUUUAUUUGAAUACAACAUUUAUUUCUAAUGAAUAUUCUGUUUACUGCGUUCAUAUAUACACAAAU